AGUGGAAAUAGAGGUAAUGGAUAUAGGGAGAGUGGCAAUAGAGGUAAUGGAUAUAGGGAGAGUGGCAAAAGAGGUAAUGAGAGUGGCAAUAGAGGCAGUGGGUAUAGGGAGAGUGGCAAUAGAGGCAGUGGGUAUAGGGAGAGUGGCAAUAGAGGCAGUGGGUAUAGGGAGAGUGGCAAUAGAGGCAGUGGGUAUAGGGAGAGUGGCAAUAGAGGUAAUGGAUAUAGGUAG